CAUAAAGUAGGAUUUUGAUCAAAAAUCUACUUUUUAAUUGACAUUCUCAUCUUCUCCUCAAAAGCAUAUUAACCCCCCUUCAAUAAUGGCAGCCAACCGUCACCAACAAUUUUUGGAAUCCAUCAAAUAUCUUUCUGUUCUUUCUAAUUUCCCCCAAAUCGAUUUCUCAAUUAGGGUUCCCUCAUUUUCCAUUCCGCUUUCCUCUGCUGAAUUGCUUCCUCGUUAGCCUUGCAAUUUUUGUUUCAAUUUUCUGGGUUUUCGAUUUUUCCCCCAAUUGAUAGUUUUUCAUCGGGGGCAAAACCCUAAUUUUUUUUAAAAUUCUGUUGUUGAAUUCGAGUUUGAUUUUGUUUUUUUUCAAUUGUUUUGAUUUUGUCGACGAAUCCUAAACCCUAAGUUCAGUACAGUUAAAUUAAUCUUCGUGUUGAAUAGAGAUGAAGCAAUCAAAGAGGAAGAAGAGAAGAGCGCAACCUUCAAAGCAGCAAAGUAGCAGUAUUUCUGGAAAUACCAAAAAAACGAAUGAUGAGAGUGAGGAAGAAAAGAUCAUAAUUAGUUUGAUGGAAGCAUUUUCAUUGACUUCUGUUGAAGAAGCUGAAGCAGCUUAUAAGGAAGCUAAUGGUGAUCCAAACAAAGCUGCUGAAAUUCUAUGUAGUUUAUCAGAAAGUUCUGAGGCUUUUCAAGCUAGUUGUUCUAGUUCAUCUCUAAGUUUUGGAUUGGAUUCGAAUUCGAAUUCGUCUGAGGGUCUACCGGAACCAAGCAGUUUUUCUGAUAGCACUAGGACUAGGAGUUCUAGGGGGAGUAGAGGAAAAAGGAUGGUGGCUACUACAGGAACGGUUUCGGCGGUUCUCGGGAAGGAUUAUGUAUCCUCGAGCUCGAGAAAGGAUCUUGUCAAGGAAAAAGGAUUGGGUGGUGCCAAGGCUAAUAUGGAGGAGGCAGAGCAAUUUCUCUGUUCUAUGCUCGGAGACGAUUGUGAACUCAACAUGGGUGUUGUUAGAGAUGUGCUAUGUAAUUGUGGGUUUGAUGUUGAGAAGUUUUGGCAACUGACUGAUAGGGGAUCUGAUUCAAAUUCUUAUUCCUCUGAAGGUGACUUCCAGGAUAAUUUACGGCUCCUUGAUUUUAAUGGCAGGAGUUAUGCAGAAGCUCUUGCCUGCUCUGAUCAUUCAAGUAAUCCAGCUGCAUCAAGUUUGAGAUCUGAUGGACCUGAGCUACCACGACAAGUUUUAGAAUCAUUGUUUCAUAUUCCUAAGAAUUCAGAGCAAGAUCCAUCUACCAUGAACUGGAGGAAUGUUGCGAAACAAAUGGAGUCUUUUGCACAGAAGCGAGUUCAACUUGGUCCUUCUAGCUUUAUUGCACGAGAAUUGAACACCCAAGCAAAAGGAGCUGAAUAUAUGGUGUUUAGGGAAACAGCACGACAGGAAUGGGAUAAAAUGAAAACCUGUUACCAAAAGGCUGCUGCAGCAUAUUCCAAUGGUGAAAAGAACUAUGCUUCUUACAUGUCAGAGCAGGGUAAAUUGUGCAGCAAAAUGGCUCGAGAAGCAGAUGAAAAAGCAAGCAUGCAAAUUUUUAAGGCCAGGAAUAAGGGAAUAGAAAAUGUUUUGACAAUUGAUUUGCAUGGGCAACAUGUUAAGCCAGCUAUGAGGCUUGUAAAGCUUCAUCUUCUAUUUGGAACAUACAUAUCUUCUGUGCAAUAUAUCCGGAUAAUUACAGGAUGUGGGUCAAGUGGUUUUGGAAAGUCAAUGCUGAAACAAUCGGUGGUUAACCUUCUCAAGAACGAAGGAAUUGAGUGGAAGGAAGAGAACCAUGGUACAGUGCUUAUUAGACUUGAUGGACCAAGAGAGUUCAGUUUUCUGGAUUCUGGAAGUGACAGUGAGUCUGAUUAGAUUACUAGAGCAGAUUUGUAUAAAUUAACUGUAGCUUGUUGCUAGAAUCUAUAGAGGAUGAACUCACCUGGCAAAUGCUAGACGUGAGAUAGAACAUGUAUUUAUCAUAUGGGAUGGCAGGAAAUUAGAGGAAUAUCAUGCAACACUUCAGACAUUCAAGGGAUUUAUUUUCCAGCUAUCCAGCUUUUGUAAUUGCUGUACAAAUUUAUUUGGUUAAUGAUAAUACAUUCUAAAUCUAUUGAUUACUGUCAA